AUGAACAAGAUAACGUGGCUCUGUGUUUUGGGACUGGUCAUUGCAACUUUGCUUCCUGUUAGCCAGCAAACGACUGAUGAAUCUGGGCCAGAGGCUGAUGUCUCCAGAAAUGUCCAUGGCUUGAAUUCCAGGAUUAAGCGACAUGGCGAAGGCACAUUUACCAGCGACCUUUCGAAAGCUCUGGAUGAAGAGGCAGCAAAGAAGUUUUUGCAAAAGGCUAUUGAAGGAAAGUUGAGUAAUGGACAAGGUGACCGCUGAUGUCUCAGACCUGUGGAACAAGCCCUAUCUGAUAUUGGAGGACACUUUCUAACAAAAGAUUCCAGCAGUGCCUCUCA